AUGACGAGCAUACUGGUUCCAUACGAAAAUGCCAUGCGCUUGGGCAUGGGAUUCAACACUUACACACACGCACUGUGUAUCAACGAUGCGGUCCAGAAGCCUGGAGGUGUCAAGGCCACGGAGGAUGACCUCAAAAAUAAAGAGGACUUUAGUACCGUCUCGCAGAAAGUCACAUACUCUUCGAAAUACGUAGACAAAGUGUCGGACGUCAUGAGCUCUUUGAACAUUAGCGGCUCUCUAGAGAUCAAGCUGCAGUCGAUCGGCGCCGGCGGACAGGCGAAAGCGACUUAAAGCGAUACUGACAAAUUCAAGGACAGCGAUCUCAACUGCCUCGUCCAGGUAAAAGUCAUGAACUCAAAGUUGAUCGCAGACGACGUAACCGAGUUUAUCCCAAUCGAGAACGUUGUGCCAAGUCAGUUCACUGAAGUCUAUGGCGAUAGCUUCAUCUCUGGCUUCAUCGAGGGCGGCGAGCUUAACGGCCUUGUAUCUAUCAAGCUCAAAGAUCGUUCGAAAGCCCGAGACCUGCAAGCCGAGCUCAAGAUCAAUGCCCCAUUCGCUGGCGGGGCUAUCGACGUGAGUGGCGAAGGCAGCGUGGCAAUGAAGAACAACGAAUCGAGCGUCCAAGGCGAGAGGACAAUCAGCGUGUCUUGGUUGGGAGGUGGGGAUAUCAAGGGCCAGAGUGCCACCGACUGGACUAUCGAUGCGCUGAAAGAUGCUGCAUUCAACUUCCCCUCACGAGUCGCGCAGACUCCGCAGAGGACCUACGCCAUCGUCACGAAAUACACGGCUUUGCGAAGCUUCCAGGAGAAGACGGUUCGCGGAACACCUCUCGACUAUGAGAAUGCUGGCGUGUAUACAAGCACGCUUCUCGAAGCAUAUCUUGAGUACAAGUCCAUUUUGAAAGACUUGCAAAUGAUGAGCUGGGAUCUGGAACACAAGUUGAUCGAAUUGGAGAAGGGGACUGAGACUGCCGCGCAAGCGACCUAUCGGACAAGUCUGAAAUCCAGCUAUGACAAACUCAAGACGAGCUACAACACGAGAAACGCCAGCUUCACUGCGAUGCAGGAGAAGAAGCCGACGGAAGCUGACCAUGAUGCCCUGGUCAAGUACCAAAGAGAACUCGCAGCCGAGGAGCGUAAACUCCUACAGCCUCUGGAACCUAACGAGGUGAAAGUCUACGAACCGGAUCUUUAUGGCCUGGAUCAAGCGCACACGGACUGCCGCUUCGAAAUGAUCAAGAUCGUGCGGGAGGUUGAUGCAGUCACUUUCGAUCCCAAAGUCGCCAUCGAUCCCGAUCGUAAGCACGUCUUCCUCAGCCCUGCAAUCUUCCGACUGCUUGUGCCCAAGGCUGUGAUACCCAAAGCAAAUCAAGUGGCGCCUGAAGGGGCAUGGAGAACCAGUCCGAUCAAAACUCAAGACACCCAACAAUACAGCGCCGAGUACAACGAGAUUGGCGUUUCGAUUAGCAGAACGACACGUACCAACACCUUGGCGCUUCAUCCCGUAUGGCAUGGCUCGCGAAUCCAGCUGCUGCACGCAGGCACGCGUAAAGUGCUCGACUUUGGCGGAGCAGGUGGCAUGACAUGGCUCUAUCAUACUCUGCUUCACGGUCACGAGAAUCAGACCAUGACACUCGAAUGUGAGAACCUGCCUCGCUUGAACGAUCCGCUCGCCAUUAAUAGCUGGAUGUUACGGACAAAGAUUGGCGCACUCGAGAUGAACCAUGUUGCCAGUGAUGACAAAUUGUUGUCUCGCGUGCUCAAUCCGAAAGCAGAUGACAAGGCCAGCCUGCAGCGCUGGUAUAUCAGCAAGUCACCGAUUGAUCCGCUUUGUGUUCGUAUUACGUCCGCUGCCUGGCCCAAUUCGUUUCUUCAGGCGUAUGGUUCUGGCUUGACUGAAAUCAGACUCUUGCCGCUGCCUGCGGACGAGAGAUUGUGCGAUUUUCAGUUGUUGUCGGUCGCUUGA